UUCAGAGUCUGAGAUGGAGGAGGAAGAUGAAGAUGAGGAUGAUGAACUGCUGCUGCCUCAACAACCCCCUUCAGACUUGGGAGGUGUGCCAUGGAAAGAGGCUGUGCGCAUCCAUGCCCUAUUGAAGGGGAAGAGUGAAGAAGAGAUUGAGGCCGAGGCAAAUAAUGAGUAUGAUGACAAAGAAGAAGACGAGGAGGAGGAGGACGAUGAGGAGUAUGAAGAGGAGUCUAGCGAAGAGGGAGAGUAUUGCCCUUGGGAGAAAGAGCUGCAGCAAGGCCUCUGGCUUCAACGUCUCUCAAAUGAAGAGGACACGGGUACAUUUAAAGCUGGAAACCUUAGGCUGCAGCAGAUUGUAAAUCCGGUUGAUCCUCUGGAGAUUCUGGCAGAUGUGCACUGGACACACAUCCGUGAAAAAGAGGAGGAGGAAAAAAUGGUCCCAGCCUCAAAGUCCUCCACCUCCAGAGCAUCCGACCUUCCCUCCGUACGCCAUGAGGCGGUACAGGCGUGGCUGGAGACGGUCCCUGGAGCUUCGUGUGAAGAUAAUGGUGUGGAGGAUGAGCUGGGCACAGAGCCUGCAGACACUGAAGGGCAGGCGGGUGAAGAGGGAGACACGGGUGCAGAGCUGGAUGACGAUGACAUCCCAUCUGAUGCAGAAGCCGAGUUUCGCUUACAUCGAGGUAGCACAGAAGAGCCAAGACUAACAGUUUCUGAAGAUGAAGAAGGAGCAGAAGAUGCUUCUUGCAGCGUGGCAGAAGAUCCAUGCAAGCCGUCCGCUCCUAGCCAGUCAACUAAUGACAUUGUUCUUCCUCUGUCUCCAGCUGAUAGUCUCAAAGCAGAACAAGCAGAGGAUGUAAAAGAUCCCCUGGCUGCAAUAAAGUCUCCAGAGGCACGCUUUUUCCCUGAGCUUUUCCUUCUUGAGGAAGGACCAAAGGAUGAAAUUCCCAAAGACAGGAAAGCUAAAAGCCCUUCUGUGCCACUUUCUCCAGUGUUAUCUCAGCCGGUUGCAUCACCAGAAACUACUGCACCUACAUCUCCAGCAGAAUCUCAGCCAGCAGCACCAAAAUUGGCUUCAUCUCCAACAUCUUCUCAAAAGCCUAUCUGUUCACAGCCUCUGCCUUCUGCUGAGACAUCCAUUCCAUCCCCAGUGGAGCCUCCAGUAUGUUUCCAGCCUGGCCCAGCCUUAACUUCUACUCCUCUAGCUAAACUGGUCCUCAGGAACCAGGAUAGUGAGGUGGAGAAACUGGGGAGCCCUACCUCUGCAGAAGAAACUCUGAAACGUAGUAACCUCGUAGAAGAGUUCUGGAUGAAGAGUGCUGAAAUCCGGAGGAGCUUAGGACUGACCCCAGUAGACAGAAACAAACGUUCAGAAUCAAGCUUUCCUAUAUCUGCCCUUGAGACGACUCCUCUGAAGACUUUUAACAGUGAGAGUAUCACAGGGGAUGAAAGGAUGCAUCUUGUGAAGCCACAGCCUGCCCCAAGAAGGCAGGGACUAUCCAAGUUAGAAAAUGAGCAAAUUUCUCUGCUCACUCCAAAAUCUCCAUCAGAAAAAGAACUGAGGAGUUCCCAUGAAGUUAAGAGAGAUGUAUCCAGCAGUUCAGGACUUGGCCUUCAGGAGAGUUCAUCUAACAUGAGAACUUUGGCUAGUCAGAGCUUCAACACUUCUGACUCUACUAUGCUUACUCCUCCAUCAAGUCCCCCCCCACCACCUCCUCAAGAUGAAGAACCAGCUACUUUGCGUAGAAAAAGGUAUCAAGCGCUUUGGCAGAAUGAGAUUGAAUCCAAGUCACCUCCAACACCAGCAUCAACGCCUCCCGUUCCUCCACGCCAUGAGCCAACCUCUGCUGUCAAAGAACCAACGCAGGCCAAAAAAGAUGACGUGCGAAAGUCUUUUGCAGAGAGUGUGGAUGAGAUUCCAUUUGCUGAUGAUGUGGAGGACACAUAUGAUGACAGGACGGAGGACUCAAGCCUUCAUGAGAAGUUCUUUACACCUCCUACCAGUAGGCCACGGCCAGAGAAACCACUUGUUUUGCCCUUGGUCAAGGAAAAUGGUGGUCCACCCUCUAUGGAGGGAGGGGUUAACCAAAAGAAGAGAGUGUUGCCUGAAAUUUCUGCAGAGGCCAAGGAGCUUGCUGAAGAAAGGAUGAGAGCCAGAGAGAAGUCUGUCAAGAGCCAAGUACUACGUGAUGCCAUGGCUAAACAGUUAUGUAAGAUGAAAGAUAUGGAGAUGGCUGCAGCUGCAGCUGCUGGAGCCACAAGGGCACGAAAAGCAUCUUCUGUGCCUUUGAAGACCAAAGACUUGUUUCAUGACUCUCCAAAGCACUUGGCAUUGAAAAUAGCAGAGGGGUCCACACUAAAGCAUGAUGCUGCUAGUGAGAAGUUCUCCACUCCUGCUGCUGAUGUGGCUGGACCUGAAGGAUCUGUCACCUCUUCAGAGGGCUCCAGUGGGAAGAGUAAGAAAAGAACUUCUCUUUUCUCCCCUCGUAAGAACAAAAAGGAGAAGAAAUCCAAAAAUGACAGCAGGCUUUCUGACAAAUCUAGUGGUGGGACAGAGGAAACAACAAAGUCCAGGUCAUUAUGGAAGUCUGUUUUUUCUGGGUAUAAGAAAGACAAGAAGAAGAAAGCUGAUGACAAAUCCUGCCCAAGUACUCCCUCAAGUAGUGCUACUGUGGACUCUGGCAAGCACAAAGCAUCUCCGUUGAUUACAGCUGCAGAUUUGCAGCUCCGUCGACACCUGAGUUUCUCAGAGGACUCUGACCUCUCCAGUGAUGAUGUUCUGGAACGCUCCUCCCAGAAAUCUAAGCGAGAGUCGAUUUAUGUACCACACGCCUUGGCAUUCAAGAGAUCAUAUUCGUCAAAGAGAGCCUACACAGAAGAGGAACUGAAUGCUAAGCUGACCCGACGAGUACAGAAAGCUGCCCGCAGACAAGCCAAGCAAGAAGAGCUCAAGAGGUUACAUAGAGCUCAGAUCAUCCAGCGGCAGCUUGAACAAGUGGAAGAGAAGCAGAGACAGCUAGAGGAGAGAGGGGUUGCUGUGGAGAAGGCCCUUCGAGGAGAAGCAGACUAUUGGGGAGAGUCUUAUUACAGUGACCUCAUCGACUUGCAUCUGGGUGGCAUGGGAAAGAAGGAUGAUCCCAAGCUGAUGCAAGAAUGGUUCAAGCUGGUGCAGGAGAAGAAUGCCUUGGUUCGCUAUGAGUCCGAACUGAUGAUCUUUGCACGGGAGCUAGAACUGGAAGACAGGCAGAGUCGAUUACAACAGGAACUCCGGGAGAGGAUGGCAGUGGAAGAUCAUCUAAAGACAGACGAGGAGCUUUCAGAGGAAAAGAGGAUCCUGAAUGAGAUGCUAGAAGUAGUAGAGCAGAGAGAUUCUCUCGUGGCUCUCCUUGAGGAGCAACGGCUUCGAGAAAAAGAGGAAGACAAGGACCUGGAGGCAGUCAUGCUUUCCAAAGGAUUUAGCUUGAACUGGUCCUGAGCUCGAUACAUUUACCUCUGCUGGUUUGUGUUCUCCAGUUGGCUUACCCUGAGUUCGCCAGAAUUACAUGGAUAGGAAGAUGUUGAAGGGGAAAUCUCCGAAGGGUCCGGCAGCAUGCAGCAAUUCGGUUUGAAGCACUCAGAAGCCUUUUGAUAAGUGUAUUGGUUCCAGAAGCUUAAGUUUUACAUGUCUGCAAGCCAUGUUGAAGAUAAUGAGUGGAAUCUGUGGAGUCUCCUUGAAGUUCAGUACAAUUGACUGCGUUUUACUUUUUGUUUGGUAGCAGGGAGAGAAAUAAUCCAUGUGUGGGGAAGGAGGUUAAGGGAAGAAGUACCUUAACUAAUCUGGAUUUAUGGCGGUCCAUUCCUUUCCCAUUUUUACUACAACAGUCCUAACAAAAGGGAGGGAAGCAACAACCCUCUCUGGAAAACCACAGCAGCCUGUAGCAACCAGUUUGGUGGAAUCAGCUAUCCAGGAGUGCUCCAGAAGCCCAGGGCAGCACCUUCUUUGCUUUAGUCUUCCUCCCCACCAAAGAAAUUUAUAGUUGGUCAUUAUGCAUGGAUAUGAAGAAAUAUGAGACAGAGGAGAUACUACUAGUUAUGCGUGAUGGAACUCUCUGCCUCACGGUUUGUAAAGAGAUUUGGGCAUCAGAAGACUCACUCCCUAUCACUGUCUCCUAAGUCGUUAUUGUUGGGGAAGAAGGGGAGAAGAAGAGAUGGAAGAUGCCCUUCUGCUUUGCUACACACUGGAGAGACAGCUGCUGCUGGCCUUUAUCUUCUUGGCCACAGCUCAGAGGCUGAUGGGCUUCUUCGUUCUGUUUUUAUUGUGACUGUUUUGACACUGGAAAAACUGACUGUGGGACAGUGUUGAGUGUGUGCUGGGGCAGGGGGUGUUACCAAGCAGCAUUCCCUGGCUGUUCAGCUCCUAAAAGGGAGAAGCCCUUAAGUGACUGAAACCACCAUUAAGACUUUUCAGUGUUUUUAUUUUUUCCUCUAUAUUUUGUUUUUGCACAUUGGAAACGAAGCUUAAGACCUGCCUGGGCCCUCAGUCACUUUGACCCUUUUAUGUCGAUUAACUUAUUUUUUUAAUACUUGAAAGAAAAUUCAUUUUUGUAUCUUUUAGGAAAAAAAAA